AUGGGCAUGGCCGCAGCUUGGCCCACAGGGUUUUCCCUAAUGGGCCUGCCCGUUGUGAGCUGGGCUACGACGACCCGGACCGGCCCGGCGCGGGAGACGACAAGCCGAUUUGUGUGGGAACAGAGGCGACUGCGCCCGCGGCCAAUCCAGCAACCGCUGCACCCUGCAACGCCUCCCCGAGACACUGGCGAACGGCGGCCCCGACUGCGCCGUGCAGCCCGCCCGCCCGGCCGGCGCCUACGAAGGCUGCGUUUUCGUCGGUUAGGUUUCCGAAUGGCAGGCCCCGGGGAUGUCGAGGGUGUGACAGCCUCCAUGGGGGAGCUACGCGUUGAACUUGAAGCAUCAUCCUCCAGGGAGACUGAAAUCGCCCUGCAUGAGAAUGGCGAUGAUGUUGCCGCUGCCGAAGAGGAUGAUGACAUAUGGGGUGAUGCUUCAGAUUCUCCGGGUCAUGAGUCUACCUUAGACAGAGAAUGGAUCCACAGGCAGAACCAGUUUCAUAAGAUGGGCUAUAGGGACGGCAUAACAGAAGGGCAGAAGGACUCUGCCCAGGAGGGAUUCAAUGUUGGGUUUAGGCAGUCUGUUCAUGUUGGCUACAAGUGGGGCCUUGUUCGUGGGGUUACCAGUGCGCUAGCUAGUCUUCCUGACAGCUUGAAAGAAAAACUUCUGCCCGAUGUCCAGUGCAGAGGAAAAUUACAGGAUCUACACGAUUCUGCGCAAGAAAUUUCAGCAGGUGACGCACUUCAGAUGUUUCAUGACAGCAUUCGUCAGAAUAAUCAUACUUCAGGGGAACCACUUGUAACAUCAGAAGAAGAUGGAGCUACAGAUUCUAAUAGGCUCAAAAGCCUAUCGAAGGAUCUUGUGUUGUUGUUGCAUGAAUGCCCGGGUAUUAAGGUAAGUGAAGAGUUGGCAUGAGAUUCGUAAACAAGUUGGUCAGGAGGAAUUGCAAGCACUGUCAAUGUCCCAAGUCCUACAGAACCACUUGCAGUGAAUUCUUACAUUAUUGAAUAUCCAUCAAGAUCAUAUCUCAUUCAGGGACCCUAUUGGAGAUGAAGCUAAUACAAACCCUUAUCCUGCCAUCUAGAGUGCAUGUUUUGAACUCAAAAGGAUCGAACAUCGGAGAUCUAGAAAUUAUGGAAAACAUAUGUACUAGCUGUAAAUCCUGUGAUACUAGUAAAUCAUAUCUCCUUUUUCCUGCAAGUUAUGACUAGUAUUGUAAUUGUAACUCUGAUAAACGUGCAGUUUGAAUACAGAAAUGUUCUUUUUCCCCCU